AUGGAGGAUGAGAAAGACGAAGAAGUCAUGCAAGGACUGACGAUUCGAGCAGCAAUAAAUUGGGGAGAUGCGCACCGAAGAGUGCUGAAGAGCUAUCGGGAGUGGCUGAGAGCUGGUCCCGAGAUCCAACAAAUGUAUUCGCUCAACAUGCCGGUCGCACGCAUCCGCUCAAAAGUCCGCGAAGAGUUCGAGAAGCACCGCUACGUCAACAACCUCAAGGCGGUAGACGUGUUGAUCAGCCAGAGUCACAUGGAGUUUCAGGAAACCUUGAACUUCUGGAAGCAGCUCUCCCACGUGAUGAAAUACUUCCGCAAAGAAGAGGACCCGACUGCCCGACUGCCGAAGAAUUUCAUGUCGGGAUUUUUGGAGGUGAGUCACCAGCCACUGAGAUUUUCUCUACUGCUCGAAGCCAUGCCUAACUUGUCGCGAAAAGGGCCGAAACUAGAUCCAUAG